CUUUGUCGAUGGCGGUUAUGCCACCUCGGCCUGGGCUGUACCGUUGGCGGCGUCUCACCCAGCCUCCUUCGAGAGAAAAGCCAAAAUUUCAUGCUGACAGUGUGGAGCAUUGGAUUAAGAAGGUGGAACAAGCCUCUGAAUUUGCUGUUUCUGAGGCUUUUUCCUUAAAGAAGAAACUUUAUUCUCAAAGGCUUUGUGGUCCAGUGCUGGAUUUGGAGACAGAAGAGCAGCUGCAAGAUCAUGAUGAGGCAUAUGAGGAAGCUCAAGAACUUCUUAGUGACUGGAUGAAUUCAAAAUUGAAACUGGAACUGGCAACUGAUCAAGAAGAUGCAGCUGAAAAUCCUGCUGCUUGCUUUGUUCCUCCCCAGGAACCCCCAGCAGGCAUUCAGAAGUAUGAAAAGUUUGAUGAUUUGUAUGACUAUUUGGAACAAGAAAUAGAAAGUACUACUGCACAAGACUUUUUGCAGCAUCUACUGCUAAGUGAAGUUGUGGACAGUGGAAUAUUGAAAGACCUUAGAACUGAAGAUCUCAAGGAGAAGAGGAAGACCAGGGACCCCAGAAUUGCCAUGGAGCUACGGCAUAAACAGGUGAAAGAAAAUCACCUGAGGCGCCAGAAGGCACUAGAGCUUGUGAAACAAGAGAAGGCCCUGAAAAAAUCUGCCAUGUCAGAGGCCCAGAAGGUACUCCAGGAGGAGAACAAGAAAAAAUUCUUGAAAGCCAGGAAGGAAGAAGAGGAAAUCCAAAAGCAGAUGGUAAAAUUGCGGAAGGAGAUUAUAGAGAAAAGACUCCUCAUGGAAGAAGCACGGAAAAUGGAAAGAAAAAGACACAAAUUAAAAAAACUUCAGAGUCUGGUACAAGUUGGCUUACCUUCUACUUUGCCAACCCUCAUAGACAGUGAAAAAGAAAGACAAAAGAAGGAGAAAGAAACCAAACUGCAGGAGGUGCUGAGCAAGAUUGACAUUGCAAAUCAUAAGUGCCUGCAAAGGUAUUUCUCUGCAUGGUAUAAGCUUAUUCUGGAUCUCAAGAUUAAGGUGGGGAAAGCACGGGCCCUUGCUGACUGGAACUGCCAGCUGAAGGCCUUGCGAGCCUGGAGAAACUACACAUGGUCUCAGAAGCUGGAGCUGGAGACUCAGAAAAUGGAGAGCCAGCUACGGGAUCAAAACAGGAAAAAACAGUUGGCAAUCGAGUUUAAUCGGAGAUGCAUUUUACACCAUUAUUUUUCUGAAUGGCAAUGCUGGAGCCGAACAGAAAUUGAAAAGAGAGAGCUGCAGCUGAAAGAAGAGGAAACAAGGAGAAAAAUGGCAAAACUCCUGGAGCUAGUGGCCCGGGAGAAGAAUCCUACCAGUGGCAUGUGGAAUGCCGGAGAGACCAAAGACACUCAGGCUCAAUCUAUGAAUAAUGGAGAGGUGGCUGAAAUACUCCUUUUAGAAAAGGAGCCCCCAGCUGCAGAAGUGGAAAGAGAAAAGGCUUGCUCUCCAGAGACUGGGAAGAAAGGUAAUAUUCCUCCACCAAAGCCCAGAUGGGCAUGGCAGGUCACCCGGAAGCAUGCUGCUUUGAAUACACAGGACCAGUUAAUGUUUGAUGGCCUAAGAAGAAGUUCUAGACAACAUCUUGGUACAUCAAAUCCAAAAGUGAUACCUGGCUGGUUGGACCCUUUUGAGCACCGUCAUGCCUUCCAGCAGCAGCUAAUUAACGAACAGAGACAGCAACUUCAAGAACAGCGAGAGCUGAUACUUGAACUUCAGGGGAACCAGAAUCUAAAGACAGCCCAAGAGGAGGCUGAGCAGGCCACGGCCACUUCUAAGGCACUUGGCGAUCUUGCUCCAAAAAUGAGAGAAACAAAUCAGCUGAGAGAGAAUCAGUCAGAUGACAAGAAUACAGAACGUUUAAGGUCAGAAAAUCACCAACUGGCUGUUAAAAACAGGAAGAAUCUGAAGGUGCUAUCCUCUGCCCAUCCUUUACUCAAAGCUAUGGAAGAGAGAGCAAUUCAAAGAGCAGAACGGAGGAGGGAAUUGGAGGCAGCAAAGAAGAAACGUGAAGAGGAGAGGCUGGCCCAGAUGAAGGCUGAAGAGGAAGAGCGUCAAAGGCAAGAAGCAGCAGAAAAGGAGGCUCAGCUAGAGAAAAGGAGGGAGGAGAGGAGACUGCAAAAAAUGAAAGAACUGGAAAAGCAGAAAAGGCUGGAGAGAGAGCAGCAGCUCCUUUCAAAAGCAAAGGAGCAUUAUGUUAAGAUGCUGCUCAAAAAUUGGGGGCUAGAGCCCUGGAAAAGAUUGAUCGUGCUAACUCAGCAAAAUACAAUGGUGGCAGAAAGGCAUCGCUGCCUUGAAUUGCAGAGAAAGUGUCUGCUUUCCUGGCUUCAGCACACCCAAGAAACUCUUGCUAAGAAAACUGCUCAGGCUGAGGAGGUCUAUUCCUGCCUGGUACUGAAAAGAUGCUUGAGGAGCUGGAUAAAGUAUAAGGAUUAUGCGUCUGCUUUGGAAGAAAAUGCAAACAAAUUCUGUGAGGCUUCACUUAAGAAGACUGCCUUUGGGGUUUGGUUAGAUAUGUUUAAUAAAGAAAAACAUGCAUUAUGGGAGAAACAGAAGAUUGCAGACCAAUACAAUUACAGGAGAAUAACAUGGAUAGCAUUCAGGGCCUGGAGGCAGUUCCCAACGUUGAUGAAAGAGGAAAGGGAGAGAGAAGAAAGACUACAACAGUUAAGAAAGAGAGUCACUGAAAUUCUUCCCGACUUCCUCAUAUAACAACUGGCGGUCCAGACCCAGAGGGCAGCUCUCAAGUUGGAGGUGAACAGAGUUCAUGUGCAUCAUGUCUUUCUCUGGCUGAGCGCGAAUCCCUGGAGAUGUUCCGGGAAAUGCUAAACCGCUGUGCCUCUCAUUGUCUUUCUUCACCGCAGCAACAUCUUUGCUUCCCUGGGGAAAUGUCAUACUGAACUUCUAACAAUCAAAACUGCACUAAGGUCAGAAUUUCCUUUUCAGCCUAUUUGCAACAGUGAUCUGCUUCUUAUACACAAAUGUAAACCUGCUAUCACACCUUUGGCACACGUGUGCAGCUGCAUGAAACCUCAUCCUUGUGAUGCUUUUUCACACAGCUGUAGUAAAAGUAUGAAUGCCACAAUACGACACAUGGCCAAUUAUGAAGAAAGAUGCACAUAGAAUAUUCACAUGUGCUCCUCUGUGUUAGAGGAAGGCCCCAAUAGGAAAUGACUUCCAUGUUGCUGUAUGCAUAAAGUAUAAAGGAAGCUUAUGUACAGUGGACUGACAUAACAUCAGAAAGCUGCAAAAGGUUGCAUCUUAUUUGUUGUGGCUGCUUCCUUGAGGAAUUGCCUGCCUGAAGCUUGAACUUCCCUUUUGGUUGUAGGCCUCUAUUUUUCCAUCACUCUGGUUUACUCUGGGUUUGAGUGGCUGGAUUGGCAAUAAAGUUCACGGUUACGGACAUACACAUUUUGCAUAGCCUUUGCACCGUAAGAAAUUCAGGGAAUACAAUUUACUAUUUUUUAAAUGCUGACAGCUCAUUUAUCAGGGUUAGUAGCCAUUUAUUAUUAUGGGGGAAUUUUCCUUAAGUGUAGGAAAAGGUGUACUGUCUGACUGGCACAAGCCUCUGCCUUUCAAAGCUUUGUCCACAGGGUGAGCAAGAGGCAGUGGGAGAGUGCAUGGGGCUCCUUAGAGCCUCUGCUGCUCAGAAAAAUCUUGGAAAUAGGCUAGAAUUUUUUCUCCAUUUAAAUACCACCAUCAGCUAAAUCUGUGUUGGGAAACCAGCUGAAGAACUUGACUGUAAUCUUGGAGGCGACUUAUUUUAGCUCCAACUAUAAUCUAUUGAUCAAAUGCCCUUUUCAGCCCAGUUUUAUGCUUUAGGAUAAGGAAUUUGCAAGAGGGUUUGUAACUAUAAAUGAGCCUCAGGGACAAGCAGAUGAUUCAGCAUGGGUGGAACCGGUGCCUGCAUGAGGCCCUGCAGAGUUAGGUAACACCCAGUAAUUGUGUGAUUUACAGUAUAAGGAGGAGAUUCCUGUUCUUGACCUCUAACAGUCUUCUAUUAGCAUAAAAUCCAUUAGAAUUCACUUUCUAACUUCAAUCAGACAUUAAACAAAUCAAACAUUUUACCCAUCUUGUCAGUGCCUAGUGACCUUGAAGUAGAAUCUUAUCCCCUCAUGCUACAUUAUCACCAUUGUCUGAUGAUCUGCCUGCCAGACUGCAGUGACUAGUAUUUGGAAAAGAAUCAAUGUGUGUGUAGAACAGGGUCUGUGGGCUGGCAAGACACUGAUGGGCUCUAUAGGCCACCUCAGAGAUCAUGUCAUAGUUUUAUAAAAGCCUUUGUUCAGAUAAAAUCACGAGCUCUUAAGAGCCUCUCACUCUGCUCUUAAGCGAGCUUUGUGUUGAGGAACAAGAACUCUGCACUAAACAGCACUUUUCUCAGAAGGAGAUCAGGUUUUUUGUUUGCCUUGCAAUCAUUUGACUCUGAUGAUAUUAGGCUAAGGAAUUUGCAGGCCAUGGACAAAUAAAUGCACUUAAAAAAAAUAGGUAUACAAUUACCAACCAAUGUCAAAACAACAACUGAACAACAGUUUGACCUUUUGUUUGCUGCUUAUCAGUAAACAUAGUAACAGUCUUCUGCGUGAAAGCUGAAUGCUAGCCUGCAUGUCUCACUGCCAGAUCAUAUAACAAGCCUUGGAAAACAAAGGGGUUUGCCAGGUAUCCAAGAAUAUCUUUUCCAACAGAUGCUCGGGUAUUCUUGACUGUGUCAAAAUGGCAUCUUGUCCCUGCACUAGUUGGAGAUGGAAAGUCUGCCACCCUCCGCCCCACAGUUACACAUCACCUUUGUGGCUUUUGGGAUUCAGCUACGCCCUUCUUUUCACACAGCUUCAGAGAUCUAGUUCUCUGUUUUACAUCUGUCAGAGUACAGAAUGCAGAUACACUCAAAGCUACAUAGCUGCUCAAGAUUCUUUACUUGCUUUCUUCACCUGCUGUGAGACUUUUUGUUACUUCUUAUACUUCUAUCUGCAAAAAUGUAUCCCUACAGCCUCUGUGCCUGCCUCAAGGCACCUUGAGACCUGAAAUAAUCAAAACAAACUCCUACUAUUCAGUCAUUUUCAUAGGUAUCAAAGGGAGAAUUUUACCAGAUGUGGUUUUUCCUUUAUUCAACUGUUAAAAACAUCAAAGUGCCUGAAAUACUUCUGAAUUGGCAGAUUUAUAUGCCAUUCGACUUCCAAUCCUCUUCUUUUCUGGCAUCAGCUCCUACUGUCCGUUUUGCAUUAGGACUUCAAUUUGCCCUCUCACUUCAACCCUCUCAGGAAACUUCCUUUUUAUCUCCUUCCUGACAUACUCCUGUCCUUUCAACUUAUGAGGUUUUUCCACAGCAUCCCCUUUUUCCUAUGCUAUCCUUUGAUGUUAAAUAGUUCCACUAUUUAACAGUAUUUCACUGUUUCACUCCAGAGAUGACAGAAUACUUGCAGUAUCGUUCACUCAGACAUAUUGCUUGAUAGGAACAGUUUAACUUACAAGUAUACUGCUUUGUAGCCUUGUAUAAUUGCCUCAAAUCCACACCACACUGUAUUUUAAAAGUUUUAUUUAACUUAGAAUGACACUUCUAUAAUGCUCCACUUAUGAAACAAAGCCACCACACUACUUGAUAAAAUGCACAGAUAAGAUGUUUCACAAUCAAGUUGCGAGGUACUUGCCAGGCAGAACAUUGGGAAAAGUGUACAUACAAUGGAAGCAAUUUUGCUAUAUUCUACAUGUUUCUCUUGUAAAUACAUUUGAGCUGUUAAGAAGGCAAAUGCUCCUUUUUAAAAAGAAUCCAAGUCCUCUUUUCCAUACAGUUCAGCCUGGAAGUGGCAUAAAGGCGUCAAGAAAAAGAAUGCCACAAAAUAGACUAAAGGAACCAUCCAUGAUUGCACUAUCCUGCCCUGCAGAGGCAAAAUACAUUCAUGUAGAGAUUAAAAGUCACACAUCAUGGAAUUAAGACACUAGACAGCGAGGCAGUUUGUACUUGCUCUAGAGAAAACAUUCCCACAGCAAAUUAUUUUAAGACACUUGAAAGCAAUCUACUUUGAAAGAAAAAAGCACCAUUAAAAACAUUGAGGUAUUUGAAAUGCUGUUGGGCCUACGGGGAAGAGUUGUUUUUACAUGCUAUUUGACAGUGGGAAAUCUCAGAGUACAAGUGCAUGUCUGGAAAGGGAAGAGGCAGCAGUUUACUGCUCACAACAGGGAUUCAGUAUGGCGUGAAUGUCUCUGGUACUGUACUGAGGACAGAAAUUCACCAAGCAGUAUAGAAGCAUGUAUGUGUGUAUAGAAAGAAUCCUAUUAUAGCAUGUAAAGAUUUUCAAAUGUUUUAAAAUUAGAACAUUGGAAACCUAAUUGAAGGAAGUGGAGAAAUCAAGACACUGCUAGGUUAAUUUACCUGUUUUCAUCUAGUUCUGUAUUCUGCUCUUUUAAACACAAGAGUAUGUCACGAUGGCCUCUUACUUUCUGUAGGCAUGUCCCAAGAGCCAGUUGCUUUUCUAGCAAAUACAUGUGCCAAAAUAAAGGCUGAAGGUAUACCCUUCAUAUGACAAAUAUAUUAAAGGCCUGAUUUUCCAUAAAAAUUAGUAUGCGGUGUUACCUUCCACUUACUCACUGUAGUAUACAAGAUCACUAAAGAAAUCUCUACAACCCAAGCAAGCCUAUUUGCAACCACACUGAAUGGCCUUUUCCAUGGUAACCUCUCAUUUGAACACUACUUUCUUUUAAGACACUCAUGAAGUAAUCCUUUCAACUCUGUGGAAAGGUGGAAAUAUAAAGCAAGUAAGUGACUACUGGCCUUAGAUGCAUCUGUGGACAUUAUAGAAUUCCUUCAAACAAGAGUUUUUGUCCACAAUACACAGCUCUACCCAGCCUAUUCCCUGUUCAAAGAGCUCACUGUACUGUAUUUAGCAAAGAUCCAGCCAGUAGUCAAGAACUCGAGCAGACUUGCACUGUGUUUCAGAUGCUGCUGCCUCUACUGCAUUUUUUGAUCCAGGUCAAGCUGUAUAAUUCUUAACAGCAUAAUAAAUCCCUGCUACUUGCCAGCUGCACACAGCAUUAAGACCACCAGUUUGGUACCCUGACUGCCCUUCUUUCAGGCAAUCUUGGUGGUGCCCCUCUAAAUCUGUCCCUGUCAUAUACUUACUACACUCCAUCAGCAUGAAAACACAUUUACAUAUUUAGUAAAUUAAUCACCAUAAUAAUUACCAUAAUCUGUAAAUAUUUCAUUUUCCACUGAUCACUAGGGGAAAACUCCUUUGCUCCUAGAAAUUCCAGCAAACAAGUACCAAGUGAAGAAAAAAUGUUUUUAAUCUGAAGAGUGAGAGGGAGAGAGAAGAUAGCUGAUAACUCCUUUGUUUCCUGGGCUCCAAGGGUACCAGUUCCUCUAAUUCUCCAUUAUCUGCUGCAUUACAAAUGGCACACACUGCUGUGCUAAAACAAUAAAUCAGUACAAAAUACAGCUUUAUUUCAACUUGAAACUUGUGCAAUUGUGUGCUUAUAUUGCUAUCAAGGCACAGCUCCAGUCCUCAAUGGGACAAUUAUCUUUUAAAAGGAGAAGAAUCUGCUGGGGAGCAAAGGCAAGUUCAAGUCUCCAGUCCUCCAUCACUCCCCACCUUUUCAGCCAAUGAGAAUGUAAUGAACUAUGUAUAGAACAUGUCCAUACAUCUAUGGAUAACUGAACACUCACAUUUCAACAAUCUAGAUUCCUUAAGUUUCUUAUUGUAGACUAUUCACUAGGAGGGAAGGACAGAGUAGAACUAAAACAAUAGUUUUCCACGACACAAUCCCCAUUAGCCCUCUACUCAGCCC